UUAAAAGACCCGACACUUAAGCGCACAUGGGCUCAGGCUCUAGCUGUGACCGUCUCAAAACUCAGACUCGGGCCACCCGGUCCGGGGUUCGAAUACCAUCUGUCUCUUUUUUGAGGAAAACGAAGACCGAAGUCCGUGAUCGCGGUUUUUAGGGGCCGGGUGCUGGAUCCCUUGACUUCGACACAAGAGGGCGCUGUUGCAUAAACCAUGGUCAGAAAGAAGAACAUCUUACUCUCUUUCAUUGGCGUUAAAACUUAAAUCAUGGAUGAAGAAAAUCUGCAAGCAACUAUUGUCACAUACAAGCAGCAGCUGCAACAAGUGGAGUUGGUUUUACUGAGUGCAGGAACUGAGGGGCAGACGGAGUUACUUCAACUCAGAGAAGAUCUACGAGAAGUUGUUCAACUCACUGAAGAAAGUCUCCUGUCACUUAAAAAGAGCAAACUUUUGAGCUUAGUUGACACGGCAACAGAGUCAACAACCUCGGGGUCAUGUGCAUCUGAUGCUUCAUUGCGUGAUCAACCCUCAAGAAAUAACCCCUCUUCAGAUAAAUUUGAUGAAGAGUUUGCUGCAUUUCAGGCAGCUAUUGCUGAAGAUGAUAAUGUAAACCGUCCUUCCGAGUCCAACGUAUCCACGGCCUCUUCAUCAAAGUCUUUCCCCGCUAGAGUUCAGGAUGAAACAGGGACAGAGGAGACGAGAGAUGGGGAGGAGGAGGAGGAGGAGGGGGAGGAGGAUAUAUCAGGGACUAAGUGCAGUGUUGAUCAUGUGGAGGAGUGGGGAGGAAGGCAGAGACACAACGCUAUUGUGAUGUGUGUGGAACCAAGGGUUGAUGGUGAAGAGGCUUCUCUGAGGGUUCUAUUCUGUAAUCCCACCUCUCUAUCGAUGAAACCCUGUCCGUACUAUCUAGAAGGUUCUUGCCGAUUCGCAAUUGAAGAUUGUAGAUUUUCUCAUGGAUAUAUAGUCAAACUUUCUGAGUUACAUUCCUUCAAAGAACCAGACUUUAGUUUAUUAAAGCUUGAAGCACCUUGUCUGGCUCGAUACAAUGAUGGAGUCUGGUACCCCGCCUCCAUUCAGCAUAUAGAUGAAGAUAAACACCAAGUAACUGUGCAAUAUGAGUCGUAUGGUACCACAGCAACACUCGAUGUACAAAGUGUACUGCCAUCAGAGCAGAGAAGUGACACAUCCCCUCCCCUCUCAUCAUCCAGUGAAGACAGUGAAGAUGAAGAACUUGACGUCCCAUCUACAAGUUCAUCCAGACAGGACACCCCUACAUUCAGGGAGGAUUCGCCCAGUGUAGGGUGGAGACCGUCUGGGGGUGGGGUUCCUCUCGGUGAAUGGGAGGCUCACACCAGGGGCAUUGGGUCCAAGCUAAUGGCACUCAUGGGUUAUGAGUUUGGGAAAGGAUUGGGUCGACAUGGUGAGGGAAGAGUGGAGCCUGUAGAAGCUGUUAUUGUACCACAGGGUAAAUCACUUGAUAAAUGUAUGGAGCUGAGAGAAACGAAGAAGCUUGGCAUUGUGGGAAAGCAGAAGAAGAAGAAGAAAAGAAAGAUCAAAGGUCAUCAUCACCACCAUGGUGAUGGAGGAGGGCAACCAGCGAAGAAGGAGAAUGUGUUUGAUUUUCUGAACCAAAAAUUAGGCGGGAAAAAGACUAGAAUAACGGACCUUAUUCAAAUGAACAUGGACAGUAGGAAAUUCCUUGAAAAGGAGCCAACGGUGGAUAAAGACGAAGAAAAACCCAACAGGAAACUUAACAUACAACUUGUGAAGGCGCAAGAAGAUAUCCGAAGUACAGAAAAAAGGCUUGCGAGAUUACAACAGUCACUCCAGAGAAAUCAAAGUGACAAGCUGACUUCAUCUCAGAUCAAAGCCAAGAUCACUGGGGUCGAGGAGCUUCUUCACAACCUCAGAUCCACAGAGGGAAAGAUUAAGAGACAGCAGAGUACAAGACAACAACAUAAGAAACUGACCAUUUUCUGAAAGGGCGUCUUGAGACAUUUUCUGAGACUUUUACUCUUCGGAGAAGAAAAUGGUUUGUGUUCAUUGUGAAACGGAUGUAAGCCAUGGCUGAUGACAUGCCAAGACCUCCAAUGCACAGGUCCGAAACUGGGAUUACACAAUAAUCCCAUGGAAAAGGGAUAUUUGGUGCAAGUAUUCCAGUUCUCUUUGUAUGGGGCAGGAAUGUCCAGGCAAGUUAACAUAACACAAACUGUUGACCUAAAAACAUACAUGAGGCAUGUAUAUAUACCAUUUGCCAAAGGCAUCCCAUGUACAAUUUCAAAAGAUGUUUAGCAGGCAACCAUUUUGAUAUAGUGUUCAAUACUGAGCAGUGCUAGGUUAAGAAAAUAAAAAUAUAUUUUUUUAAACUAUCAAUAUUUCACUUUAUUUCAUUUGCAGAUCGUUACAAUUACAUUGCAAAACAA